AUGAAUGCUAAUAAUACUAUGCAAUCAGACGCCCUGAUCCAAGGUCAGUGUUAUGUCAAGAAUCGAUUUCUAACUGUACUGUAUGAUUCGGGUGCAUCGCAUUCCUUUAUCUCUUUAACUGUUGCUCGUGAGUUGGGAUUAGAUUUCUCUGAGUUGAACUUUGAUCUAAUUAUCCAUACACCUGCAUCCCAAAAUGCUUUGACUAGUUUAGUGUGCCUACAAGUACCAUUCACUAUUAGGAAUAGGACUUUUAUACAUGAUCUAAUUUGUUUGCCUCUAUGUGGUUUAGAAAUUAUUUUAGGAUUAGAUUGGUUAUCUAAGUAUCAUGUUUUCCUUGAUUUCUAUGAGAGAACUGCUAUUAUUCCAUCUGAUAGUUUAGAUAUUAAACCAUUUCUGUCUCAUACUUUAUAUCUGAAUUCCGUAAGUGUUACCUUAGACGGGAGUGAUUGUGAGGGAUACGUUCUGUUAGCGGCUAGCUCGAAUGACAGUGAACCCAGUUUAGAACAAAUCCGAGUGGUAAAGGAAUUUCCUAAUGUUUUCCCGGGCGACAUACCUGAGUUUCCUUCUCAGUGA